UUUUCUGUUUUUAGUGUCAUUCUUCCACUUCCUCAGAAUGUGAAGGAUUAUUUACUUGACGAUGGAACUCUGGUGGUUUCAGGAAGAGAAGAUCCACCAGCACACUCUCAGCCAGACAGUGAUGAUGAAGCUGAAGAAAUCCAGUGGUCCGAUGAUGAGAACACAGCCACCCUUACGGCACCAGAAUUUCCCGAGUUCAACACAACAGUCCAGGAAGCUAUCAAUUCUCUGGGGGGCAGUGUCUUUCCUAAGCUUAACUGGAGUGCCCCAAGGGAUGCAUACUGGAUAGCAAUGAAUAGCUCUCUGAAAUGUAAAACCCUCAGUGACAUCUUUCUGCUUUUCAAGAGUUCUGAUUUCAUCACUCGUGACUUCACUCAGCCAUUUAUUCACUGUACUGAUGAUUCUCCAGAUCCUUGUUUGGAAUAUGAGCUUGUUCUUCGGAAAUGGUGUGAAUUGAUUCCUGGGGCUGAAUUCAGAUGUUUUGUAAAGGAAAACAAGCUUAUUGGUAUUUCUCAAAGAGACUACACACAGUACUAUGAUCAUAUUUCUAAACAAAAGGAAGACAUUUGCAGAUGCAUACAAGACUUCUUCAAGAAACACAUCCAGUAUAAAUUCUUAGAUGAAGACUUUGUAUUCGAUGUAUAUAGAGAUAGUAGGGGGAAGGUGUGGCUAAUUGACUUUAAUCCAUUCGGGGAAGUCACAGACUCACUGCUGUUCACCUGGGAAGAACUCAUCUCUGAAACAAACCUGAGAGGUGAUUUUAGUGAAGGAGAUGCCCAGGAGCAGGACUGCCCCGCUUUCCGUUGCACCGACAGUGAGGUCACCGUGCAGCCCAGCCCUUACCUGAGCUACCGGCUGCCCAAGGACUUCGUGGACCUCUCCACGGGGGAAGACGCUCACAAGCUGAUAGAUUUCCUGAAGCUGAAAAGAAACCAGCAAGAGGAUGAGUGACGAGAGUGCCGGAGUUCAAGACCAGGUUCGCCAGGAAGCCACCGCCACCUCCAGGAGGCGCUCCUGGGCCGCAGCCUCCCGGUCGCCCAGAGGCGGGGCGGGGGCGGGAGGCUGUCUGUAAUUAGGGGCUUUUUAUAUUUCAGGGCUGUUCACCCGGGGCAAAUGGAAGGGCUUUGCUACUUGUAAAAACAGCAUAAUAAAUAGACCUAAAACAUA